UUGACAGUUCACGAUUUGUUGUGAUUUUUAUCUUAGAAUUUAGUUUUAGCUUGUUCCUUUGUAGUUUAUGAAAUGGUGUAUUUUAAAGGCUUAAAAUAAGAUCGGCAUAAAACAAUAUCCAAUAUGUCAGCGGCGGUUAUCGAAAUCCCUCUCCGGGAUACGGACGAGGUGAUUGAACUGUAUGCUGACCAACUUCCUGAAGGAAAUGAAGUUCUGGGUAUCCUCCGACAAGAAAACACCCAGCUAUCCAUCUGGGUUAAUCUUGCUCUUGAAUACUACAAGCAAGGUCAGAUUGAAGACUUCCUCAAGAUCUUGGAGGCUUCUAAAAGUGAUGCAAAUAUUGACUACCGCGACUAUGAAAAGGAUCAAAUGCGAGCCUUGGACAUGCUUGCUGCAUACUAUGUGCAAGAAGCUAAUAGAGAAAAAAACAAGGAUAAGAGAAGAGAGUACUUUACUAAGGCCACAUUGUUAUACACUACAGCUGAUAAAAUCAUUAUGUACGAUCAGAAUCACUUGCUUGGACGAGCCUAUUUCUGUCUUUUGGAGGGAGAUAAAAUGGAGCAAGCAGAUGCCCAAUUCAACUUCGUUCUUAACCAGUCCCCUAAUAAUAUCCCUUCUUUACUAGGUAAAGCUUGUAUAGCUUAUAACAAAAAAGAUUUUAGAGGAGCCCUUGCUUUUUAUAAAAAAGCUCUUAGGACAAACCCGAAUUGUCCAGCAGCUGUUAGAUUAGGUAUGGGUCACUGUUUUAUGAAACUCAACAACCAAGAAAAAGCCCGAUUAUCCUUCGAGCGGGCCCUGGAAUUGGACUCCAAAUGCGUUGGGGCCCUAGUGGGUCUCGCCAUUUUAAAACUGAACAAACAACAACCGGAAUCCAUCCGUACCGGCGUACAAAUGCUCUCGAAAGCGUACACCUUUGAUUCUUCAAACCCGAUGGUCCUAAACCACUUGGCCAACCAUUUUUUCUUUAAAAAGGAUUAUAGCAAGGUGCAACAUUUGGCCCUGCACGCCUUCCACAAUACGGAAAAUGAGGCGAUGAGGGCGGAAAGUUGUUAUCAAUUGGCCAGGGCUUUUCAUGUCCAAGGCGAUUACGAUCAGGCAUUUCAGUAUUAUUAUCAAGCCACUCAGUUUGCUCCUGUGGCUUUUGUGUUGCCACAUUUUGGGUUGGGGCAGAUGUAUAUCUAUAGAGGCGACACCGAAAAUGCGGCCCAAUGCUUCGAAAAAGUCCUGAAAGCCCAACCGGGCAAUUACGAAACCAUGAAGAUCCUCGGUUCGCUUUAUGCCAACUCUACGUCGCAAUCCAAACGUGAUAUCGCGAAAAACCACCUUAAAAAAGUAACGGAACAAUUCCCGGAUGACGUGGAGGCCUGGAUCGAACUGGCUCAGAUUCUGGAACAAUCCGACUUGCAGGGAUCUUUGGCCGCUUAUGGCACCGCUAUAAAUAUUUUAAAUAAAGACGUACAAGCCGAAAUUCCAACUGAAAUAUUGAAUAAUGUGGCCGCGUUGCACUACAGGACGGGAAAUCUGGAGGAAGCGAAAAAAACGUUAGAAGAAGCCUUGGACCGGGCCAAAUCUGAGGCCCAGCAUGAUCCACAAUAUUACAAUAUAAUUUCGGUCACUAUAACUUACAAUCUGGCCCGAUUAAACGAAGCCCUGUGCCUUUUUGACAAGUCCGAGAAACUUUAUAAGGAUAUCUUGAAGGAGCAUCCCAAUUAUGUGGACUGUUAUUUGCGGUUGGGCUGCAUGGCAAGAGAUAAGGGUCAUAUUUACGAAGCUUCUAAUUGGUUUAAGGAAGCUUUAGGGAUAAAUUCGGAACAUCCGGACGCGUGGUCUUUAUUGGGUAAUCUUCAUUUAGCGAAAGCUGAAUGGGGACCAGGACAGAAAAAAUAUGAACGAAUUUUAAAGAAUCCAGCCACGUCACAGGAUUCUUACUCCCUAAUAGCUUUAGGGAACGUCUGGCUACAAACUUUACAUCAGCCAAGCAAAGACAAGGAACGCGAGAAAAGGCAUCAAGAUCGCGCUCUCUCCAUGUAUAAGCAAGUUCUGAAGAUCGAUCCUAAGAACAUUUGGGCGGCCAAUGGUAUAGGGGCAGUACUAGCUCAUAAAGGGACGGUUAACGAAGCGAGGGAUAUUUUCGCGCAAGUUCGGGAAGCCACCGCGGACUUUUGUGACGUUUGGCUCAAUAUUGCUCAUAUUUAUGUUGAACAGAGGCAGUAUGUGAGCGCUAUUCAAAUGUAUGAGAAUUGUCUAAGAAAAUUCUUCAAAUACAACAACGUGGAGGUACUGCAGUAUCUUGCUCGCGCCUACUACAAAGCCGGGAAACUAAAAGAAGCCAAAAUGAUCCUGCUGAAGGCCAGACGUGUUGCUCCACAAGACACGGUUUUACUCUACAAUAUCGCGUUGGUACUACAAAGACUGGCCACCCAAAUACUAAAAGAUGAAAAGUCUACGUUAAAAAUUGUUUUACAGGCGGUCCACGAACUUGGUUUAUCCCUAAAAUAUUUUACGUAUUUGGCGGAAUUCGGUGAUAAAAUGCGCUACGACGUAAACCUGGCAACGCUGGAGGCGCGUCAAUGUAAAGAUCUACUGUCCCAGGCGCAGUAUCACGUUGCCCGAGCUCGCAGAGUGGACGAGGAAGAACGAUUGCUCCGAAGAAAACAGGAUGAGGAGCGUACGGCCUUUAAGAUGAAACAAAUGGAAGAACAGAAACGUAGAGAAGAAGAGAGACGCCAGACCAAGGAGCAGAUGUUGCAGAAACGUCAAGAGUACAAGGAAAAGACUAAGAAUGCCCUCCUGUUUCAAGACAUGCCCUCGGAGAAGAAGGGGAAAGGACGGGGUAAAAGGGAUGUUUACGUAUCUGACUCAGAUAAUAGCGGUCAAGAAAACCGUGGACGGGACGACCGCGAGGGCGGCAAGGAGAAGAAAGAGAGAGGCAGAAAACGUAAGAGGAGCGGAGACAGAAAGAAGAAAGGUGGUGGACGAAAGAAACGUCGCGACAGCGGAGAAAUCAACGAUUCAGACAGUAGUGGUGACAGGGCGCCAAGGAAAGGUAAAGGCGCCCGCAAAGAAAAACCAGGCAAAAAACAGAAGAAACGACAAUCGGACGAGGGACUCAGCAGCAAACAGAAACUCAAAAUCGUCUCUAAAGCGACCAUUUCCACUAGCGAAGACGAUAGCGAUAACGAGAAGAGACCCAGACCACCUACGAGUAGCGACAGCGAUACCGCAAAAAAAACAAAUAAGAAGAGACGAAUCUCCUCCGGUUCUGAGUCUGACCGAAGUAGAUCCAGAUCCAGGUCCAAGAGUCGUUCUAGAUCAAGAUCGAGAUCGAAGAGCGGUUCCAGAAGUAGGUCCAGAUCGAAUUCGAGAAGCAAAUCCAGAUCUAAAUCCAGAAGUAAAUCAAGAUCGCGGUCUAAAAGCGGCUCGAGAUCUAAAAGUAGAUCGAGGAGUAAAUCACGGUCAAGGUCUAAAUCGAGAAGCAAAAGCCGAUCCAGAUCCAAGUCCAAGAGCAGAUCCAGAUCUAAUUCAAGGUCUAAAAGUAGAUCGAGGUCUAAAAGUAAGUCGAGGUCCAGAAGCAAAUCGAGAUCCAGAAGCAAAUCGAGAUCCAGAAGCAAAUCGAGAUCCAGAAGCAAAUCGAGAUCCAGAAGCAAAUCGAGAUCCAGAAGCAAAUCAAAAUCCAAAAGUAAAUCGAGAUCCAGAAGUAGGUCCUAAAGUGUUUGUUUUCGAUGUGGCAAAUAUUGUUAAAGCCUUUUUAUGGUAUAUACGGGGUGACCUUUUUGAAGGGAUAUCACUAUUGAUUGUUGGCAAUAAUUACAGAGUUGGCGAAUUUCGAGUUGUUGUCUGUCAUCUGUAAUUUAAUUAGCAAUAGUGCUAUCAUGGACAAAGUUAGCCUGUAUAUAUUUUUAACAAAAAUUACUUUAUUUUAGCAAGAAGCUUCAUAUUAUUCACGGUUAUCAUCAAUAUUUAAAUUAAGACCAAAUAAAAAGAAUAUUUUAUUGUUUCUUUUUAAGAUUG